GAGUGAAGAGAGAUGAUGUGUUAGUAACUCAUCCCUUGACCUGCACUGAUUCUGACCGUCAGACCCUCAUCAGUCAGAGAGUCAAAGAUAAACACAAAACGAGCAUGAAAAAGAAAUGUGAGAAUUUAUUUGAGGGAAACAAACUAGAAGAGAACCAAACCCUCCUGAACAGCAUCUACACACAGCUCUACAUCAUAGAGGGAGAGAGUGAAGGAGUGAAUGAAGAACAUGAGGUUUUACAGAUGGAGAGAACAGCCAGAACACAAGACACUCCAAUCUACUGCAGUGACAUCUUUAAACCCUUACAAGAACCAGAACAUGAGGAGAAAGACCAAAUCAAGACUGUUCUCACUAAAGGCAUCGCUGGAAUUGGAAAAACCGUCUCUGUGCAGAAGUUUAUUCUAGACUGGAGUGAAGGAAAAGCCAGUCAGGAUGUAGAUUUCAUGUUUGUGCUUCCAUUUCGAGAGCUGAACUUGAUUAAAGAUCAUCAGUACAGUCUUCACACACUUCUGCUGGACUUUCAUCCUGAACUUCAAGAUCUGGACUCAGAGAUGUAUGAGGAGUGUAAAGUCGUGUUCAUCUUUGAUGGUCUGGAUGAAAGCAGAAUCACACUGAAGUUUUCAGACAUUGAGAGAGUUAGUGAUGUGAAUGAGUCUUCAUCAGUAGCUGUGUUGAUGUCAAACCUCAUCAGAGGAGAUCUGCUUCCCUCUGCUCAUAUCUGGAUCACCUCCAGGCCAGCAGCAGCCAAUCAGAUCCCCUCAAUAUACAUCAGCCGUCUGACAGAAAUUCAGGGAUUCAAUGAUUCUCAGAAGGAGGAAUAUUUCAGGAAGAGAAUCAGUGAUGUGGGUCAAGCCAGAAGAAUCAUCUCCCACAUCAGAAGAUCCAGAAGCCUCCACAUCAUGUGUCACAUACCCGUCUUCUGCUGGAUCUCAGCCACUGUGCUUCAGAAGCUCCUGAAUGAAGAUGACAGAGCAGAAAUCCCUCAAACUCUGACUGAAAUGUACAUCCACUUCCUGCUGACUCAGAUCAACAUGAGGAACCAGAAGUAUGAAGAGAGAGAUCCAGAGAGACUUCUGAAGUCCAGCAGAGACAUGAUUGUGAAACUCGCUGAACUGGCUUUCAAUCAGCUGAUGAAGGGCAAUGUGAUGUUCUAUGAAGAGGACCUGAUUGAGAGCGGCAUAGAUGUCACUGGCGCCUCAGUGUAUUCUGGGAUUUGCACUGAGAUACUAAAGGAGGAAUCUGUGAUUCAUCAGAGGAAAGUCUACAGCUUCCUUCUUCUGAGCUUUCAGGAGUUCCUCUCUGCUUUUUGUGUGUUUAACUCGCAAUUAGUUGAGAAUGAGAAAAACUUUUUUUUGCACUCUCGACAUCAGUUGUACAGUCAUUGCAACCCUUUGUAUAAGCUUGUAAAAUCAGCAGUUGAUGAAUCCUUACAGAGUGGAAAUGGACAUCUGGAUCUUUUCCUGAGGUUUCUGCUGGGUAUCUCACUGAACUCCAAUCAGAGACUCUUACAGGAUUUAUUGACAUGCACAGAGAAGAGCUUAGAAACCAUCAAGAGAAUCACAGGAUACAUUAAAAAUAAAAUCAAAGGUGAUGAACAAAUUUCAGCUGGCAGAUGCAUCAAUCUGUUCCUCUGUCUGCUGGAAAUGAAGGAUCAGACUCUGUACAGAGAGAUUCAGAAGUUUGUGAAAUCACAGACUCCCUCAGUGAAGAAUCUCUCUCCACCUCACUGCUCAACUAUCAUCUACAUGCUUCAGAUAUCAGAGGAGGCGCUGAAUGAUGAGUUUGAUCUGAAGAAAUACAAAACAUCAGAUGAGGGCAGAAGGAGACUGAUACCAGCUGUGGUGAACUGCAGAAAAGCUCUGUGAGUAUUCAGUAAGGGUAUCUUUUUUAAGACUUGUCAUUGUUUAGCACUUGUAUACCUUGCAGAGUUAAUACAUCUUGCCCACAAUCUUAGAUCUAAUUCAUGACAACUUGCUUUUGUUACCCAAGUUUAAACUGUCUGCCACUGGUGUUUAGGUGUUUAGCAUUACAGU